UAUGCUACCACUAUCAUGUGUACACUGCUCGAUCGCUAGUUUCAUCCAGUCAGUUCAACUUAUCGCACAAGGUUGCAUGAGAGUAUGCAAGCGAACGUAAAAUGUUUAAUUAUUCUUGCAAUAUUUUUUUCAAAUACCGCAAGAGCGAAAAAGUGUGGUAGAAGGCCAUUUACACAGUUACCACUUAUUCUUGGUGGAGAAGACUCCGUUCCUGGCGAAUGGCCCUGGCAUGCAGCAAUCUACCAUUCAGAAAAUGAAGAAUCUACACCCACUUACCAGUGCGGAGGAACUCUGAUCAGUUCUAUGCUUGUACUGACGGCAGCUCACUGUACCUUUAGGAACAUGAUUCCUCUAUCGGCUAACCUUUUUCGGCUUAGGCUAGGGCUCACUCUUAUCGAUGACGCUGUUCAGCAAGAACAUGGGGUAGUUAUGGUUGUUCGUCAUUUCAAAUACAAUCCAUUUAAUCAACAAUACGACAUUGCCCUGUUGAAAGCAGUCAGCAAGAUAAAGUUUACAGACUUCAUUCAGCCUGCGUGUUUGCCUGCUGACGAUUAUUAUUUUUCUCGAGGAACUGUAGUUGGUUGGGGCAUUGGUGAUAGGAACCGAAUGGAAGCUGUUCUGCAGAAAGCUGAUCUCAAUCUGGUGGAUUACGCCACAUGUCUGAAAAGUGAUGCAUCUUUAUUCAGUGUGCUUUUAUCGACAGAUUACAGUAACUAUUGCGCUGGAAAUAGCAAUAUGACCAAUGUGUGUUUCGGUGAUAGUGGCGGAGGAAUGUUCACUAAUAAUGCUUUUGACAGCUCGUGGUAUAUACGAGGCAUCACCAAUGCUGGAGUACGCAUCGACCCAUCUUCAACUGAGCGAUGUGAUCCAAAACAGUAUGUAACUUUUGCAAACAUAACAUAUCAUCUGGAUUGGAUACAGUCUGUGGCAUCCAUGGAGAGUAACAACCUGUUCAAUUUGAAAGAUUGUGGAAUAGAUGAUCAUGACGCAAGCGUUCCUGAAAACGAUAAACCGAUUUUUCAACAAUAUCCUUGGAUAACCAUACUGGAGUAUGAUGUUACGAACUCUACCAAAUUAAGAACAAUGUGUGGCGGUGUGUUGAUUCAUCCAAGGUUUGUGAUCACUACUGGGCAUUGUGUAUGCAUGGUGUGUAAAAACUAUAAACUCAAAGCGGUUCGACUGGGUGAUUUUGAUUUAUCUACCAACCCCGAUUUGGAUCCCGAUGGAGAGGAAAUUGUAGCUGUUUCGAUUCCAGUUUCUAAAGUGUUUCAUCAUCCACAUUUCAGACUGUCAGGUUAUGGACAUAAUGUAGCAAUGAUCAAACUCGCUGAAGAAGCUCCAACAAAGAUGACAAACGUUAAACCAAUAUGCUUGCCCAAAGUUAGGAUGUUUAGUGAAAAUCAUUUUAUCGUUGGAUGGAAACGUGAAGGGAUAUCAAACGUAUUGAAACGUGAAAUGGUACAGCUACAAGAUGUGAAACAAUGCGUUAAAGUGUAUAAAUCUAUUGAAGUCAACCUCGAUCCUGAAGAAAGUUUUUUAUGCGCAACUGGUAGCAGGAGAUUUGAAAACUGUUUUAGUUUUAGGAGCGGAAGUUCAAUGCAAUAUCAAACAAGCCUGAAAGGCACCAACCAGUACUAUCUCAAAGGACUGUAUUUCUUUGACUUGUCGAUAUGCGGGCCCAAAUCAAAUAGUGUUUUCAUAGAUAUAGGAUAUUAUUUGAAAUGGAUUAAACGGACGGUUGAGUUGGAGAUUUCAUGAGAGCGUUUUCCCAUAUCAUAAAUUGUUAGUAUUAAAAAUAUCACUGCAGUCAGUGUUCAAAUAAAAAUAAUUUCCCAUUUCUAUAAUAAAUCAACACUUCAUAUUUAUCCUGUACCUGUGUAUAAAGGAAACAAUUAUAUUAUAUUUCAUGUAUACAAAGAAGAACCAACUAACAACAGUUCCUGAGACCAUCCUUAGUUAAAAUAAACUUUGAAAAGGAUAACAUAUUCAAAAACCAAGCGAUAGCAGAAAGAACUUAGCGUACACUCCAGUGAUAAAGUUAGUGGUCAUCCCUUGAGAAUAAAUAAAAAGAGUUAUGCCCGUAUAUCUGUGAUUACACGUCUAAAUAAAACUCUGUAUGGCUUCUUCGAAAGGCAAUGAGUUCA